UCUUACCAAGUCCCCACUGGUUCUGGUCGCUCUUGCCGUCGCUGUCACCGUCGCUGUCACUUUGGGAUCUGAGGUUGCCCUUACCACCUCUUCUUCUUCACUUCUACACCUUGUACCUCUUAGAGGCACUUUCGUUAACACUACAUACAUACCUACCCUACUUCCUGCCAAACUUAAUUCAUCAUCACCCCAUCAACGGACGAGUUGGUCAUUCAUUCAUGAAACCUACUUCUUUCUAGAAUCUACUAGAUAGGUAACCUGUUAAGAAGGUCUCACUUAUACCUUCCAUAGCAACGAUAUUAUCUCGUGCUAUUUGUUUACAGCCUUCUGACGUACUCAAGGCCACCACAUUUAUUUACAUAAGACACCUCAGACAUCAUUCCUUCGACCUGGAACCAUCCUCGACUUAGUUGUUGUAGUAAACCGCCUUUCUACUCUUCUCUGACGCUAAGAAAAGGCAAUCAACAACCGGCAAGAAAAUAAGAUACCAACAUAAUGACGUCCUACUAUACAAACUACCCGGCCUAUACAGGCCAUCCGGGCUAUUCAUGUCUGUGUGGAGCACCGUUGGAUAUACGAUACCAAAAUAGCUCGAAUCACCAAUUUGAAUUCGCCGGCGGAUACUGCCAUAAUUGUUAUAGACAAAUUCCUCUCUACCGGAUGAGAACUCCUGAUCAUCUGACACAUUCCACGUCAGAUCUCUAUGCUCCCUGGUACAUAGAUAACGGUUAUUUUUCUGUCGGAUCCAACGUUCACGGUUGGGGGUCACAGAGCCAGCUUUACCAACACGCCAGCAUACCACAAGGUGUCAACCAUACAUACUACUCUCCCACAACACGCGGAUCUUGCCGGCCGCAGUAUCCUAGCUACGCCUUUAACACAAGUCACUACCAAAAUGGGUAUGCCGUACCUCGUAGCACAGAAUAUAGGCAGCAAUGGUCUGCCGGCCGCAGCGAAUAUCCAACAUCCCCUUUUAACGACGAAACUCGGGGACGCAGAAGGUGGCCGAACUCACGUCGCCACUACUCAUGUGAACGGGAACGAAGCUCUUCAUGGGAAAGAUCUAGUGGCACCCAGGUCACUGACGAUUACGCAUAUUCGGCUUGUAGCUGGACGACACGGGCGACUGCUGGAAGUGCUGGAAGUCGUCGAAGUAGUAGCGCAGCCAGCAGAAGUACUAUCAAUUACACACCCUCGGCAGAAUCCGGUGAGGAUAAUAUCUGCGCUAGUCAACCCGACCAGAUAAAGGAUAAAGAAAAGGGCAAACAGAAGGAGGUGGUGGAAAAGAAGGACGAAGAAGAGCCCUUUGCAGUUACGAGGGACGGCGAUUUAAUUCUGUUUGGGGAGCAAUGGGAAGUGCCGUCCCCCACUGAAGCAAAAAUCGAAGCUGGCGAGCCUGUAGGAUGUUGUGAUAUCAUCUCUACCCACAUGGUGACCGACGAGGACGGAAAUACGACUGAGAUUGACAUCGAGGAGAAGAACUGCAAAGUAUCACUGGUUAUGUCGGGCGGGCUCACGGAAUAAACUCUUGGUGUAUUGCUGUUGCUAUUGCUGUUGCGUAAUGUUUAAUUUGGCCCCGAGAAAGGGGGAGUGGAGGAAGUGGAAUGUGUACUGUAUUUGGAUCGUACUGGU